CCCGACUUCCAGCUCAGCGAACGCGUCCAAAAAGCUGCUUGCUCCAUUUUCCAACCGAACUGAUCUGCGGCAUUCAACAAUGCGGUCAACUACGCCUCUCUUCUCUGUGCUCUCGCUGGGACUCGUUAUCACUCUACACUUGGUCUCAGCCACAACUACAAUCGGCCCUCUAGCACCCAUCUCCAUCCACAAACUCCCAGCCUACUCCACUGCCCGUCCUUGCGCCGCUGGUUGUCUCGUCUUCAACGGCAUAUGGGCCUGCGGUGUUAACGCUGGCUAUCACGACCUUGGGACAGAUCUGGGCUGUGGCUGCGGACCAAACAAUGCUUGCUUUUGUAGCGCAGGUCUAGCAAAAAGUGCCUCAAGCUACAUCUCGAGCUGCGUGAGCGCAAAAUGUACAAGCUUCGGGGAUGUAGGGGGCGAUUUGACAAGCAUGUUGGGCUUGUAUGAUGGGUACUGUCAGACUGCGAAUGUGGAGAUUGCAUCGAGCGUGCCGGCGACGACUACCAUAGACGGCGCCGAGGCGAGUAAGGGAGUAGCGGCGAGUGUAUCAACUAGAAGCACGGAAACAGUGCCUGCAAGAGCGUCAGCUUCGGCCACAGCGAUAUCGACCCAAGGGUUAACUGAAGCAGACAAGAAAGAAGACGAAGGUCUCAGCAAGUCCGAUGUCAUUGCUCUGGCUACCGGCUUGGGCGUCGGCAUUCCGAGCCUACUGGUAGGCGCCUGGGCUCUAUAUCUGCAACUUCUUAGGAGGAGGUCCAGUCGUUCGGUACCUUCUAUUGUUGGAACAACCUCACAGGCAGGCAGCCAGAUCCAGAUGCUGCCCACCAAUCGACCUCAGUACCAGAUAGCUGCAUAUCAACAGCCAAUAUCUGAGAUGGGUAGCCAGCGCGGUGGACGAUACUACUAG